AUGGAAACGAUUGGAGAAUGGCGCAAUUUCUCCGGUGGAGCAGUUGUUAUUGGUCGAGGUAGAAUUGAGAAUGGUAUGUGGAACAUGAGUGCUGAAGGAGCUGGAAUCGGCCUAGAUGCUGAGGCACUGGCCAAAGAUAAAGAACAGGUCGAAGGUCUUAUCAGUUGGUUGAAUCGUCUGAGUGGAUUUGGUCCGGAUGGUGGAAAAGAAGAUGCGAUAACUACUAAAACGAAUGUAACAGGCGAAAAUAGACAGCGUAUUGUGAUAUCGGGUGACAGACCUGCGAAAACGAUGAGCUUCAAAUGGAAAGGAGCAACGUCCGGUCGUGAUGGAGAAGAUUCUAUCGUAGGACAAACUGCUUUACAUGGAUUCGCUUCAGAGCAAAUCAAACACGGUUUGAGCGGUAGUCAAAAAGGAGAUCUUGGCGUGCAACGUACAAGUGAUGGUUCUUGGAAAGGAAUGAGUUACGAAUGGAAAGGAGGAGAAUCCGGCAAUAAAGGAACUUCUGUCGCAGCAAAGAGUGGCGGUUUGAGGGAAUCCGAAUUUGAACAGAUCAAACAGGGCUUGAGCAGGUCUGGAAUAGGCUCCGCUAGAGGCAGUGGACAACAUAUUAUAGUCUCGGGUGACGGGUCUGCAAAAUCGAUGACUUUGGAAUGGGAUAGAGGAACGUUCAAAAAAGGUGAAACUUCGAGGAAAUAUGAAUCUGAACAGAUCGAACAAGGCUUGAUCAGGUCUGGAGUAAGCUCCGCUAGAGGCAGUGGACACCAUAUUAUAGUCUCGGGUGACGGGUCCGCUAAAUCGAUGAGUUCGGAAUGGGACAAAGGAUCGUUCACAAAAGGUGAAAGUUUCGUCACAGAAAAAAGCGACUUAGAGGGUGGGGAAAUCAAUCGCCAAGAGCAGUAUUUGGGUGGAGGUGGAAUAGGAGGUGACCACGUGUCAAUUGCAAUUGGUGGUUCACAUGAGAAACCAGUCCUUUCAAUGAACGGAACCAUAUCGCGUGCAAGUAUUCUGAAUCAAGGGAGUUCUGUAGCAUCGCAUCGAGGAAUGUUUGUGGAUAAAGGAGUACAAACAUCUGGUGAGGUUGAAAACUAUGGUUCAUCUAAGCUCAUGAAGAAGGAAGGUGAUCAUAUGGCGGUCGCACUUGGCGGUGUUCCUGGAGGACCGAAUUUAGAAAUGAGUGGAACAAUAACCAUUGAAGGAGGACAAAUAACAGAAAGUGGUGAGAAAGGCGCAAGAAGGACUGUUCAAAUAAACAGCGGUUCUCAUGCAGAAUCUUCUCAAGAAACAGUUGGGAAAGUGACUGCUACGGGAACGAGAGAUGAAAUUGGUGAAGAUGGUGUGGACAUUCUCACUGUCUUUGGUGGACAGAAAAAAGAAUCAGAAAAUGCUGAAGUCGCGACUAACGCUGAGGACGGCAGUUCACGCGGACGGACAGAUCACGUUACUGUUACGAUCAACGGCCAGCGGAAAGUCCCAAUCUUCCACGUGAACCGCACAACAAUCAGCAAAAGUACCAAAGGAGUUCCUGAAAAAAUUGAUAGCCGAAAAACAACAACGCAUUUCCAUGCGAGCGAAUCAUCGCAUGGUGAAGUGAGAGCCGAAAAAGGUGGUUGGCUGUUGAUUGGGAAAAACGGACAGCCAAAAUCGCAGGCGGAAAGCUUCGAAGCAGAAACAUCUACGUCGGGCGAAGGAAUCAAUGAAAGUCAUUCACCAAAACAGAUUACUGAAAUGAGAACCUCUGAAAGUGGAUUGAGAACUGAAUUGCCUUCGAUUCCAGAUGAAGCAGAGGGUGUUGGUGUGAUUCAUAAAGAAGUUGACGUUGCAAUGCCAAAAUCGAAAUUUGUUGCAUUUGCAUCGAAUGAGACAGAAUCAACACAAAGUCCUGAAACAACCACAGCUAACGAGUCUCUAGAAACAACAGAAGUGGUUUCGAAAGGAACAAAUGCAUCGCCCGUUCCGGAAACAACGUUGCAAGAUUCUUCGAAGACAAAUGAAAAAGUUGAAGAGACAGAAGCAACCACCAAAGUAGCUGAAGAGGAAGCAGCUACAUCAUCCGGUGAAGCUGAAACAACACCAGAAGAGAAGGUGUUAUCAACAGCUGCAGGAUACUCUAGUACCGAAGUUGAAGAGGAAUCGACAACGGCGCACGGAACAUUCUCUACGACAGAAGAGAACGAGGUAUCACCUACUUUGCAUCAUAAAAUGAUCACCACCGCCACACAAGAAAAAUCUUCAAUUAAACAGGGAGAAAUAUCCACAACCGCUGAGAGUGAAGAAUAUUCAACGACGGAAUCAGAAUUAUCAACGUUAGAGUAUGGUAACAAAGCAACACCCACACCACGAUUAGAAAGCACUGCGAUAGUUGAUGAAGACAAGCAAACCCCAGCAAUUGUUGGUGAAGAAACGUUGGGAGCUGAGAAAAGAAUCGAAACUACAACAUUGCAAAACGAGGGAAGCAGUGUCAAAGAACAAUCCGAAUUGACGACAUUACACGAGGAGCCAACAACGAUUCUUGAAGAGAAAAAGUCUACAGUGCGACCAGGUGUAUCUACAAUCAGUGAGGGAGAAGAGUCAACGACCAUACUGGCAGAGGAAUCCACAAAAUCUAAGGAAGAGCUGUCCAAAACCGUACAGCCGGAAGAGCUCACAACCGCUGAGAAAGGAAAAUUGACGACCUCACCAACAAAAGCAUCAGCGACAACUGCGGAGGGAGAAUCAAUAACUUCAUCACAGGAAGUGUCUUCAAAUCCCCUGGAAAUCGAAUCGACAACCUUGUCUGGUGAGAAAUCAACCAAAGACGAGGCAAAAACGUACGGAAUUCUGGAGGAAGAGACAACAACAACAAGCAUCCCACAAUCAGUUUCUCGGACGACUGAAUCAAAAGAAGAAAGUACAGUAAGUGUAACACCUGAAGUUUCAAAAGAAACAGAGAGUUCAACCCUUGAAUCAGAAGCUGUAGUUGCAUCCACGUCGUCCGCAGAAGGAUCUGGCGAAGCUGAGGAGGACAAAAUAACGUGGAAACAAGAAAAAGAAUUCAUUUCCACAACAGAAAAAACUGCUCUGCCUGAACUCAAAGCCGAAGAAGGUAGUGGAAUUGAUGAACAUGAAACUGAAGGAAUAACGACUGAAGGUGGUUCAACUGCAACAGAAGCUCAAUCUAGUGAGUCAGAAGGAGAGCUGUUACCAACUGCAGUGACAGAGGGUUCCGUAGAAUCAACAAACCAUCCGACUACGACGACCGAAAAGGAGGAAGAAAUUGGUGGUGAGGAAAAUGAAGAAACUAUUACAGAGGGAAGUUUGCCUACAAAUAUACCUACAGAAGCGAAUGAGGCAUCGACAAUUGGAGGAAAGGUGGAGGGAACGACGGAAAAGGAAACAGAAAUCGGUGGUGAGGAAAGCGAAGAAGUGGAUGGUGAGGAGGUUGCAACCACAACUACAACCUCAGCAGUGGAAGAGGGACUGACAACAGAUGUGAGGUCGACGACUGCAAAAGACAGUAUAGAAACGUCAUCAACAACCGCUUCAGAAAAUACAAAAGAUGAGUCAACAAACGCACGCGAUCAAAAAACAUCUUCUACAGAGGUACCUUCAAAUAUUUCUUCAGCAAUCACUACACCAAAAGAACCAACUGACGAAAAUACUUAUGCACCAGGACCGACAACAAUCGAAGGUGAAUUUAAAACCACCUUCGAACCAGAGGUUGAAGCAACAUCGUCAAGAGCAAAUGAAAUGGAUGAAGCGAGUAAAUCUGAAAUGCAUUCUCAAUCAACUACUCCAGCAACUGGUGAAGGUAAAGGAACAACGAGUGUCGCAACAACAGAGGCAGAAAAAGAAUCCGAGGCUCAAGCAACAACAGAGGCAGAAAAAGAAUCCGAGGCUCAAGCAACAACAGAGGCAGAAAAAGAAUCUGAGGCUCAAGCAACAACAGAGGCAGAAAAAGAAUCCGAGGCUCAAGCAACAACAGAGGCAGAAAAAGAAUCCGAGGCUCAAGCAACAACGGAAACGGAAAAUGAAUCCGCAGCUACUGAAUCUUCGGCGGCAGCUGCUCAAAAAGAGUCCAUAUCAGUCACAACAGUAGCUUCUAAAGAAACCACGACUGAAGAGAUGGAGAUAACUGAAAAUACUUCUACAACCUUGUCGCAUGUGUACCAUUCUGGUGAUCAAGGGAAAAAGAUCGAGGAGGAGGCUCCGGAUAGUCGUAGGCAUCCAGUAAAAGUUGUUGAGUCGUCGGAAAGCACACCUGCUGCUGGAACAACAGGAUCUCCAGUAACGACCGUUGAACCGGUGACUCUCACCAGUGGGCCUUCCAACGAAACUUUGAUCAAAACAAAGAUACCUGAUGAUUUGCGAAAUAACGCACCGAAAUAUGUUCCAGAUAGUAGUGGCAUCGUUGAAGAAUCCGAAAAAGAGUCUACGACUCAAUCAUUCGAACUUUCUAGUGUUUCCGAAUCUGAACGAAUUGGAGAAACUGGUCUUGAGAUAAUCUGGACCAGUCCAUCCACAAUAACUGAAGGUACUUCAACGACAGUACCUCUGCUAAGGGAAACUGGAGAAAUUGAGCAUCCUGAUGUAGUAAAUGAAGAGGGUUCUGGGGAAGAAACAUCCACUCUAGAAACAACUUUAUCGACACUUGCUGAAAAACGAGAGACAACGAAAGGAACAUCACUAGAGACAGCACCAACAAUAUCAGCGAGCUACACGGAGCCUAAAGAGGAGCUUGGUGUAGAAUCGAAACAAAUGGAGAAAACUGUUGAAACAAGUACUUCAUCUGCAACAACAACGUCGUAUCUUUCAACAAGAGCACCCAGUUCUGAGACGACUGAGAGUGAAGCAGAAACUGAAGGCGCAGUAACUGCAUCAAAUGGCUUCAUAGCAAAAACGGUGCCUGCGAUUGUUGGAAUCAACGAAACCAAAGAAGGUGGUGGAGGAGCUAUACACAUAUUUAAAGAAUCUACGAAUGCUACAGAUGUAAAUUCAAAAGAAGAAGCAAGUGCUGAAGAUCACUCUGGUAAAUUCACAUCAACUUCGAUGGAGACAAUUACUGAUGAAGAGGUUAGCGGUGUAACUGAGAUAUCCACUAAUAAUGUGAAAGCUGAUCAUACACUGAAUGCAGGAGCAAGCGCUUCUCGUCCUACUGAGAGUGUAGGAACAGCACAGUCUACUAGUACUGUAGAAUCUGCAACAUCUACCGUUGAGAAUGAAGAUAAAGAAACUAGAAAAUCGAAAGAAGAGGAGACAACGGAAACAUUCGUUCCUGAGACAUCUUCUACAAGUGCUGGCUUGACUGAAAAAGUUGAAACCUUUGAAGGCAUUAGCUCAACAACUUCAGAGUCCUUACAAACAACAUUUGAGAGUACAGCGCCUGAAGCGGAAGUGACUGGAGAACCUAAAAUUGACCGAACGACACCCUCACAAGAAAUCAUGUCAUGGGAGACUUCUGAACCAACCCCAAAAGAAACGUCAACCAGGGGUUACGAAGAACCAGCAAGCAGUGAAACAACCGAACUAAGUGAAUCUUCUACCACGAGCACAGUUAAGGAGAUCCCGUCAGUAACCACCUCAGAAUCUAUAAUUACUGCAGAGGAUGCCAAAACGGAGACAUCUACUGAACGGGAAACAUCUACCGAAGGUUCAUCGUUGGGAACGACGAGUUUUGGAAGUGAAGAGCUGUCUUCGUAUCAGACAACUGGAACGAGCGAAAACAGGCAGUGGAGUACGUCAACCUCUACAGCGAAAUCUGCACAAUCUUCUUCAUUUUCAGCUAGCACUUCCGAACAAACGGUUACGACCGUUGGAAGUUCUACUGAAGCUUCCACCAUGAGCCAGCAAUUUAUGACUACGGAAAAAUCAACUGAACAGUCGGUCUCAACUGAACAACCCACAACUUUUGAAGAGCGUAUAGUUGAGGAAGGAGAAUCCAAACAUGAAGGGAUUUCUACUCAAGAGCAGUCUACACAAACUACUGAGAACGAUCUUGAAACACCACCGAUCGUUGAGCAUUUGGCAUCUACCGAAUCGAUCACAUCUCGCGAAACAAGUCAGUCAACACAACCUCCAGAAUCUUCCAGCAUCGUCAUUCCUGAAGAAGUAGCCCAACCAUCAGGCUAUGAAUUUCCGGGUGUUUCAGAAGGCGAACAAGCCUCUUCAACAGCUCAAACGACGGAGGAGGGUGAGCCAAGGGAGAAAAUUGCCGGAAAAAGUACAACGCCACUGGUCCGAAUAGAGUCGGGCGAAGAGGGAGAAAGUGUUCCUAGAGAAGAAUCAUUAUCAUACGGAAACGUUCCUCCUCAGGAAUCGUCAACAAUGAAAAGUACCGUUGCAUAUUCCACUACGUUGCAUUCUGUCUCAGUCUCCACAGAAUCUACUGAGAAAGAAACCGAUGAGGAUGAGCAAUAUUCAACAACUGAAGUAUCUGGAAGUACGGCAUCCGAAGUGACUAAGGAAGCUGCAUCGAUUGUUGCUGCGAUAAGCUCGACCGAACCGUCUCCGACAACUCUACAGUUGAUAUCCACUUCUGAGGAGCAUGAAGAAACUACAUUUUCUAUGGCUCAUCCUUCUGAAGCAGAAUUGACCACUGCAAUGUCUACUGAGGCGACAACAAAAUUGGAAAGUGAACCAACCGUGGAAGUGACAACGAGUUCGGACGAAAUUAUGCUCAGGACAACUGCUCAAGACACUGUUCCACCAAAGACUGCUGAAUUACCAGAAGAAUGGAUGACUACAAAGGAUACGUUCAGUCUUAAGAUGACCACUGAAGAAGCACCAACCAAUCGCUCAUUGAAGACCUCACGUUGUCUCAGUAAUGACCAGUGUGGACAAGAUGCCUAUUGUGAACGUCGUUCCGGAGCGUGCAGAUGCUUUCCUGGAUUCACUGGUGAACCACCGCGCAAUGCUUGUAUCGAUGUUGAUGAAUGCGAACGUAAUCUGGAUGAUUGUCAUUCAUCUGCGAGAUGCUCGAACUACGUUGGUGGAUAUUCAUGCUUUUGUGAGGCUGGUUACCGAAAGAAUGAUGAUGGAGUAUGUAUUGAUAUCAACGAAUGUUUUGAACAUUCCAGCAGUUUUUGCCAUCCAAAGGCUACCUGCAUCAACCUGCCUGGAUCAUACGCAUGUCAUUGUAUACCUGGAUAUACCGGUGAUGGGUACACCUGCAUUCCAAUUGAGAAACGCCACUGUACGAUUGAUGAAUGGCAAAAAAUGGACUGUGGUCCAAAUCAUCUUUGUUUGGUUGAUGGGCGAGGGAAUGGAGAUUGUGAUAGCUGUAAGAAUGGUUUCAUCUUGCAUAAAGGCCAAUGCACUGAUAUUGACGAAUGUGCAAAUCCGGAUACGAAUGUUUGUCAUGCAGACGCAAUAUGCAAGAACAUCGCUGGAUCGUUCAUUUGUGAAUGCCAACCUGGAUUCAAAGGAGAUGGAUUCCAUUGUGUCGAUAUCGAUGAAUGUCAACGUAAUCCAUGUCACCCUCAAGCUACGUGUAUCAAUUUCCCAGGCUCAUUCACUUGCAAGUGCCCGAAUGGUUGGGACGGUGAUGGAAUUGAUGAAUGCAUCAAUCCAAACGAUAAAUCAUGCCUUGAUAAGAAAGCAGUUUGUAAACGGACAGAACAUACGGCAUGCAUGUCAGUGAGACUUGACGAAUUGGUUUCGGUGUGUGAAUGUGAUGCUAACUAUCGAUACAAUAAUCAAACUGGACAGUGUGAAGAUAUCGAUGAAUGCGAGGAGAAUCGGCAUUCAUGUGAUCCAUCAACAUCGAUCUGUAUCAAUACUGAUGGCGGAUAUCGUUGUGAAUGUGCCGACGGAUAUGAGGGCGUUGGCGGUAUUUGUGUUGAUGUGAAUGAGUGCAGUCGAGGCUUGGCCGGUUGUAAUAUUGCCGCAAAAUGUGCCAAUCAUAUUGGAAGUGUUGGCUGUAAGUGUGCCUCGGGCUAUACAGGCGAUGGAAUCGAUUGCAUACCAAUUUCCUCGGAUGCAGCAUCUACUCAAAGUGCAUGUACAAGCAAGUGGAUUGAGAUGUGUCGUGCCGAGAACAAAACAUGUCAUAUUGAUGAUGAGGAUGUUCCCCAGUGUGGAUCAUGUCUCAGUGGACACCAACCUGUUGGAGGUCAAUGUCUGCCAAUCAACGGACUUGGAAAUUGUGCAGAUCCGGUGAAGAAUGAUUGUGAUCCAAAUGCCGAAUGUGUUGAUGUUCAUCCAGGAAGACAUUUCUGCACGUGUAAGCCGGGUUAUAUUGGCGAUGGAAAGCAUUGUGAUGAUGUGGAUGAAUGUUCAUUGCCUGGUGUAUGUGAUGCAGCAGCCGACUGUCACAACACUAACGGCUCAUUCAGAUGUAUCUGUCAGCCGGGUUAUUCUGGAAACGGUUUCAAGUGUGUUCGUACAAAAAAUGCUAAAGGAGGACCAAACUGUCAUUUGGAUGCUGAAAUGUGCCAUAAGAAGGCGAGUUGUCAGCUGGACGGAACAUGUAAAUGUAUCGUUGGUUAUGGUGGUGAUGGUAUUACUUCUUGUGAACCUGAAGCUUCAACCACAAAUGCUGGUGGGAGAGUGGAGAUAUCGACGACCACUGAGACUGCUGAUGUUGGAUAUGAGCGAACGUCAAACACUGCCACCACCUCUGAAGAAAUUCUUUCGACAACGGAAUCGAUAACGCAUGGAGAAGCAACAUCAACUGAAGGAACUGAGACAACGACAGAAGUCUACUCUUCAAUCUCUACCAUAGAAGACGAUGGAACGGUGGUAUCAGAAGGUAUCACUUCAUCAACACCCCUAUCAUCAUCGUCUGGAACUGGAACUAAGGAGCCCAUCACUGCCACAGCAACUGGAGUAACAACAGCGGAACGCAUUCAAGCGUCAACCACAUCUGAACAGAUUGAAAGCUCC